AUGGAUGGCGCUGCAAGUCGUGGUUACAUGAGCGUUGUCCAGUGGCUGCACGAGAAUCACUACGAAGGAUGCACGCACGCAGCGAUGGAUGGGGCUGCACGAGAAUCGCUAGAAGGAUGCACGCACGCAGCGAUGGAUGGGGCUGCACGUAAUGGCUGCCUUGAUAUGGUGAAGUGGCUGCACAACAACCGGUCGGAGGGCUGCAGUACUGCAGAUAUGGAUCUCCUUGCGAUUGGAGGAAGUCUCGGUGCGGCAAAAUGGCUACAUGCGAAAUACUUGCCAGGGUGCAGCUCGGAAGCACUGAUGAAGGCGGCGUCGAUGUGCCGCCUUAACAUGGUCAAGUGGAUGCAUACGGAGCUGGGCCAGCAGGCGUCCAAUGCUGUUAUUGCUGCUGCGGCGGCCGGUGGUAGCCCUCGGGUCGUCCGAUAUCUUUACGAAAACAGAGUGGAGAAAUGCGUGGCUGAUGAGUGUCUCUGGAGUGUACGAGUGCCGGCAAGCGUUUAA